GAUUGAUUCAGCGCACGGCCAUGUUAAAUAUCUAGACGGAAGAGACAAAAGCUACAGCAACAAAGAAUUUCUCAAGAAACGCUCGAAGAGUCGAGUUUGUCAAAUUCACGAAGAUUCAAAUCCUUCAUAAUUAGAAGGUGAUACUUCCAGAGUCCAGGAUUUCCUCGACGGAAGUGUUCAGGAAUUUUCACAGUAAAGUGAGGAAAAACGACAGACAUCGUGAAGCCAAGAGUGGAACAAUAUUUGGGCUGUUAACAUAAUCUUGGACAAAUAAUCCUGCAUUGACUUUCAAGCUGAAAUCCAUCAGUGCUGACCUUUCAGCUGGUUAAAUAGGAGAAAGUAACAUUGAGCAAAGUUUUUGGAAAUUCCCCAUUCUGAAGAGAAUAGCAGGAUUUUAGCCCUGAACCUUUUGAAUGUAAAGACUUUGCCAUUUUUGGAAACCAAAAGAAAUAUUGAGGGUAAUAAAGGAUUUCUUCAAUUGAACAUUUGUAGGGGGAAAGGAAAGAUAAAACGACUAAUAACAAAAGGUUUUCUUACAACAAGAAGUGACGUGAAUACUUUGAACAUUUUCAGGGAUAGCGCAAAAGUGAUUUUUUUUUUUUUUUUGAACAGCAUUAAUACAUUUUUGAUCACUUGCAUUUUAAAAUCGUUGUGCAAGGCUUGAAUUUGUAAGUACCUGUUUGCUAAUUAUUUUGUACAUUGGCUCUAGGCUUUUGAAAUAUUUAUUUAUAUAAAUAUAUAUUUCUCCUAUUUUGGGAGAGCUUUCUUAUUAUAUAACAGAAUUGUUUUACGCCAGACACUCUUCUUUUCAAGAGGUCUGUUCGUACCAGAAACCAAAACUGUUUACAAAAACGUGCUUUAAGCGAAAGAGUAAACCAGUUAACAAAUAGCUAAAAGUAGCAGAAAAGUUUCUUUUGAUUGACACUGUUGAGGAAAAUAUUUUACAAUGGCUACAGCAAGAACAGAGAUCCCUGCUUCAGUCAUGUCACUGAGCAAACAGAAUGGACAGUCCAAGCCAAUGACCCUCCAGUCAGGGUUACUUACUUCCUCAACACAAUCAGGAAAAGCAUCUAUUGUGCCCCACAAAGGAAGCAGUAUACCCCAAAGCAGUGGUGGUAUCAGGUUUGGUGACGAUUGGAAGAAGUGCCUGCAGCUUCCACCGAAAGACACAAGAGUGAAAACCACAGAUGUGACUGCGACCAAGGGGAAUGAAUUUGAAGAUUACUGCCUUAAGCGAGAACUGCUAAUGGGUAUUUUUGAGAUGGGCUGGGAGAAGCCUUCCCCUAUCCAGGAGGAGAGUAUUCCCAUUGCCUUGUCAGGAAGGGACAUACUUGCCCGAGCCAAAAAUGGUACAGGUAAAAGCGGAGCCUACCUCAUCCCCCUCUUGGAGAGGAUUGAUCUGAAGAAGGACCACAUUCAAGCCAUGGUGGUGGUGCCAACUCGUGAGUUAGCUUUGCAAGUGAGCCAGAUAAGUAUCAACAUGAGCAAGCACCUUGGUGGCGUCAAAAUUAUGGCUACAACAGGUGGCACCAACCUGAGGGAUGACAUCAUGCGUCUUGAUGAGACUGUACAUGUUAUAAUAGCUACCCCAGGCAGGAUCCUGGACUUGAUGAAGAAAGGGUUGGCCAAAGUUGACAAAGCUCAGAUGAUUGUCAUGGAUGAGGCUGAUAAAUUGCUUUCUCAAGACUUUGUGGUGAUCAUUGAGGACAUCAUCAGCUUCCUGCCCAAAAAGCGUCAAAUACUUCUCUAUUCUGCUACUUUCCCCAUCAGUGUGCAGAAGUUCAUGAGCAAACACCUUCAGAAGCCAUAUGAAAUCAAUCUAAUGGAUGAGCUGACACUGAAAGGCAUCACUCAGUACUAUGCCUAUGUGACAGAAAGACAGAAAGUGCACUGUCUCAACACACUCUUCUCUAGACUCCAAAUCAACCAGUCAAUCAUCUUCUGUAACUCCACCCAAAGGGUGGAACUACUUGCCAAAAAGAUCACUCAACUUGGUUAUUCCUGCUUUUACAUCCAUGCCAAGAUGAUGCAGGAAUAUAGAAAUCGUGUGUUCCAUGACUUCAGAAACGGACUGUGUAGGAACCUGGUCUGCACAGAUCUUUUUACAAGAGGAAUUGACAUCCAGGCUGUCAAUGUGGUCAUAAACUUUGACUUCCCCAAAAAUGCAGAAACAUACUUGCACCGCAUUGGCAGAUCAGGCAGGUAUGGUCACCUGGGUCUGGCUAUUAACCUGAUCACUUCAGAAGAUCGUUUCAACCUAAAGGGCAUUGAGGACCAGCUGUUGACUGACAUCAAGCCCAUACCCAGCAGCAUUGACAAGAGCCUGUAUGUGGCAGAGUUUCACUCCCUGAACCCUGAUGAGGAAGAGGCUGCAAACAAAGCAGCAGAGCUUAAUUAACCCUAACUGGAGAAUAAAUGGACUGAUGCCUGGCAUUCUGCACAUUUUCUACUAACAACAGAUGCAAAGAUGACUUUUUGUUUUAUUUUUUUAUUUUCUAACCAAAUGCUUCCUGAACAGUCAUGGUAAAAAUGUGAUCAGCUGCCACAAGUUAAGAAGCCAGUAUAAAGUAGGUUUGUUCUGUAUAAAUAUGCAGCGGUCAUCCCAGGCAGCUUACACUUUUCGGUUUGGAGCACAAUAAGCCACUGGUAUUUGGACUUGGCACCAAGACCAUUCAUUGGACGUAACUGUUGUUCAAUUGCCCCCCCCCCCUUAAUUUAAGCAAGAUGCAACCAACAGAAGUAGAACAGGAGAGGAAGCCCCGUAAGGUUGAGUACUUUAACUGCAGCCCCGUAAGGUUGAGUACUUUAACUGCAGCCCCGUAAGGUUGAGUACUUUAACUGCAGCCCCGUAAGGUUGAGUACUUGAACUGCAGCCCCGUAAGGUUGAGUACUUGAACUGCAGCCCCGUAAGGUUGAGUACUUGAACUGCAGCCCCGUAAGGUUGAGUACUUGAACUGCAGCCCCGUAAGGUUGAGUACUUGAACUGCAGCCCCGUAAGGUUGAGUACUUGAACUGCAGCCCCGUAAGGUUGAGUACUUGAACUGCAGCCCCGUAAGGUUGAGUACUUGAACUGCAGCCCCGUAAGGUUGAGUACUUGAACUGCAGCCCCGUAAGGUUGAGUACUUUACUGCAGUCUAUCCAUCACCUAAUGUGGUCUUUGCAGUUAACCAGCUAGGAGGUAUGACAAAUUCAUAAUUAUCUUCUGUUUGUUGUUAAUGCCCUUGUUUUAUGUAUCAUCUUGAGAAAGGGUGAAGGUUGGUGCUUUGCUCUCCUGUACAUGGACAUUUAGAGUUUGCCUGUUUUCAUACGGUACCUUUUGACAUGUCUCUCACCAUAUUGUAAUCUCUUUUAAAAACUCUUGUCACCCAAAUGUCAAAUCCUUAAGUUGUUCUGCAGUGCAUCACACUCACUUUUGGCUGUCAAUUUAUGGGUUUUUCUAAGUGCCUUAAUCUAUUACUUCCUCUGAUAAGAUGGGAAUGUUCCAUGUUGUUGCUGCAAAAAAAAAAAAGCUUGGUCAGGAUUGUCAAAGGAACCUGCAAGAUUUAGAUUUCUCUUUAUACUUCAAACUCAUAAAUAAUUUGUUCUCUAUUUGUUCACCAGUUGGUGAAUGUUGCCUUCCUCAGCAUUGGCUGGGUUAAGCAAUAUAAUUGCCCCAGCCCAGGAGUUUAAGUGAGGCAAAACUUCUGUAGUUCUGCCUGGAUUUUGGAAAAUAAAUUUAAGCUGGGGACACUUUUAAAUUGUUUGCGAAACUGAAUGCGUGGUCAGGAAUAUAUUUAAAACCUGAAACAUGGCUGUGCACGCGUUCUGGCAUUUGUCUAAUGUGCAGAAAGAGAGAGUAAUGUCUUUGGGCAUAUCUUGAUGAAUUUGCAGCUGUAAUCAAGUUGGUAGCUAUCAAAAUGUAAACUUCUGUCCCCUGUUGUAUGUUGAGUUGUGCUCUUUGCCAUGUGUUGUAAUAAUUAGAAGCUGUAAGUUUUACUGUGAGGAUUAAUGGGACAAUGGCAAAGUUUUUCCUCAAUGUUGAUGCCAGCCUAUCUCAACCAUUUUUUUUUUUUCUCUUUUAAACAAAAUAAAGUCCAGCAUAUU